AACCCAAUGAAAACAUAGGAAAAAUUUGCGGCGAUUUAAUGGAAAAUGGGGGACCAACAGCAGCAACAACUGAUUCUGGCCACCGGUGGAUAUGAUCACACAAUCAAGGUGUGGCAGGCGCACACCGGCAACUGCAUUAAGACAAUGCGCUUCGUGGAAGCUUCUGUGAGGCAGGUUCUCGGUUUAUUUCCCGGGUCACCAUGUCAAGUUUGAGAGCGAG